CAAGCGGAGCGAGCUCGGUCACAUGUAGGCUCGAGCGUUCAGCGGCAGCAGAGCGAGUAGAAGAAGGAGAAGGAGAAGGAAGCGGCAACAGUCGGUCAGUCUCAACACUGUCGGUGACCAGAAAGCAGCGCCGCCGCCUCCGCCGCCUCCGCCGCCAACCCUUCCAGCUCGUCCGCUUCCCAUAUGGUUCUCCUCCGGCACAUCUCCUUCGCCCUGACCGCCGCCGUGGCUGCCCUGGGCUCGGCUCUCUUCAUCGCCCUCAACUUCUUCUACAAGAGGCGGAUAUGGUCCCCGCAGGCGGAAUACUGCACGAUCAAAGAGGAGGAGGAGGAGCGUGGGACGCGUCAGGUCCUGGUCCUCGGUCUGGACGGAGCCGGGAAGAGCAGCAUGUUGCAGGGCUUGUCUCCUGGGGAGUCGGCGGCUAAGAGAGGCCGCUGCCGGCCUACACGCGGCUUCAACUUCAUGAGCCUCAACGCCCCCGCCUGCCAGCUCGACUUCCUGGAGAUCGGCGGCGGGGAGGACCUGCGACGCUACUGGUCGGACUACGUGAGAAAGACUCACGUUCUGGUGUACGUGGUGGACUCCUCUGACAGGAGCCGCCUCCCAUUGGCCAAGGCGGAGCUGCACCGCCUGCUGAGGGUGGAGCCCCAGCUGCCCGUGGUUGUCCUGGGAAACAAGCAGGAUAAGCCCGACGCUGUGAGCGUGUCCGAGCUGCAUGAAGCCUUGUCUCUGGGCCCCGUGACCGAGAGCAGGAAGCUGUUCCUCUUGGCUGCCCAGCUGGGCUCGGACGGUCCCCUGAGGAACUCCUGCCGGGGCCUGGACACCUUCCAGGACAUCCUGCUCCAGCUCGUCUGAUCUCAGAGCAGAGGAGUGGGAGACGGAGGAGGGAUGAAAACAAAGGGAUGGCUUGAAGCAAAUCGUCCUCCUCCUCUUCCUCCUUCUUGUUUAAGUACGGGCUUAUAUGAGGCAGAGGAGGAGGAGAUGACAAAGGCUGCAGGAACGGAGGCAGAGGAAUUGCUGAAGAAGAUGCCAAAAUGGAGCGCAAAGCCUCGUCUUCCUACUCGCCCUUUUCCAAACCACGUCAGGUUUUUUUUUUUACUUUCAGAAAGUCCUUCUGCUCGUCUCAUCGUACAGUUAUAUUCUGACUCCACUCAUCUUACUCACAGGAGAAGAGGAGGUGCAGAGAGAGGAGGACAAGGACCGAAAGCAUGAAGGUCUGUUCGUGGGGUCUGUGACUCAGAACCGCGACGUUGCCCAUCCUGCCAAUGAUUCAGACUUUGGACCAAUGGUGGAAGAAGUAUUCCAAUACUUUACUAUACUCUGUUAAAAGUAAAAGUGCUGCAUUGAUAAUGGUACUUGAGUAAAACUAUAUAAGUGUCAUUAUGAAAAUUUACUUAAAGUGUUAAAAAGUACUGAAUGCAGAGAAAUCCUCACAUUUUAGAAACUGGAAACGAUCCAAACAGUCCUGUCAAUCAACUAAGUGUUUAAUCGGGUAAUCGUUUCAGCUGCACUUGUAGGCUGUUAUAUUGUUGGGUAGUUUAAUUCAUAAUAAAACAUUGUAUUUCAUAAACUACAUUUUUGUGCGCUUAAAUCCUAAUUUGUAAAGUAACUAGUAACUGAAGCUGUAACAGAUGAAUGUAGUGGAGUAAAAAGUAUAAUAUUUCUCUCUGAAAUGUAGCGGAGUAGAAGUAGAAAGUGGCAUGAAAAGAAAAGACUCAAGUAAAGUACAAGUGACUCAAAUUUGUACUGAAGCACAGUACUCGAGUAAAUGUACUUAGUUACAUUACACCGCUGCUUUGGACUAGUCUGAAUGUAAGCCUGUGACAGCGUGUCGAUUUUAAUGUAUAUAAGCUGAAAUAUGACAAGUUUGUAGAUGCAUUUACAAAAAAUGUUGUGUGACCAGAGAUGUCGGCAGAGCAGAAAAGGUUAAUAUUCAUGGCUGCCAGGUUGGAGCCCCUGGAGCGCCCCCCCUCUACUCUCCGACUCCUACACUUAAGCUCCUCUGAGAUCUAGGGGGAUUUUUGCGAGGGAAUAUAAAUAGUAUAUAAAUAGGAAAAUCUUAGUCUAAAUUCUUGUCAGGUUGUGAGAAAAAAGGUUUCUCCACGACUUUCUUCCCAAGAGAGCAUUUUGAGCUUUUUCCAUUUGAAAGCUAUACGUGUUCAGUCCCAACUACCACAUACUGUAUGUGGUACUGUAUACUGUACUUAGCCAUGUUAAAACAUCGAAUUUUCUUUAUCAGAUGACACUUUGAACAGAACUAUGUACAAACACACAUUCCCCAUCCUUCCAACCCUCCCUUACACAAACAUGCACUCCCCAUCCUGUUUGCUCUACAGUUAGAUCCGUGCGUAGAAGACAUGUAUAGACAGAGAACUGGUAUCCAGAGUGAAACACUCAUCCUUGAAUGUACACAUGUGAAGUAUUUGACUUUAAUGCUACUUGUACAGAUACACUGGAGUUAGCUCCAUUCUGAUUUUUUAUUUUUUUCUGAGUUUUAUUCCUGUCGUUCUGCAGAAAUGUUUUCACAGUGACCACGAGUGCAGUGGAUUGUUGUUAAGUGAUUGGUAGUUUUUAUAACCAAUGGCUGCUUGUCAUUCUUGUCUUCAUGUGUUGUGUAAAUGGCACGGUUACAUAAUGAAUUCAUGCAUGUCUUUGUGUUUUGUUAUUACUCUUUUAAAAUGGCAUUGCGUUGCAUUAUGUGUCAGCUGCAGUUUCUUAAACCGCAUGUGUCCAUUUAGGUUAUUUAGUCUCAAAAGGAGACUUGAUGUGUAUCGAUUUUACACAUCAAAGUGUGUUCCAGGUGUUAGGGGAGUAUUACUGCGUAUGUGAAAAGCAAGUUGUAUAAAAGGCUCUGACACACCAACCUGACGGCGACUGUAAUACGUCUCCAUAAUAGCAGGCGGCGCUAAUCUGUAUCGUGCAAACCGGAAAUGACGGAACAUCUCUCUACACCUAGUAAAUAGUGAUAGACCGAUUUUAUCGGCCGGCCGAUAUAUCGGGCCGAUGUUUCCGUUUUUACGUGUAUCGGCCGAUACGCGGCUGCUGCGUUCGCCGAUAGUUUUUUCGCGGCAUUAUUUACAGACAGGCGUCCGCAGGCAGCUCUGUGUUGCUGGAGACGCUGCACCCAUCCAUAUGAUGCACACUGCACACAUAAUUUGGGUGAUAUGAAUGUAAGAUGAUUGCAGAAGUGACACUGAUCUGUGUUUUUGUUUAUUCUUUUUUAAAGACAUGGCAGAGCAGAUACCGAAAACAAAUCCAGUGUGGCAGGGUUUACAUUUUUAUGAUGUAACUUGAGGGAGCAAAAGCAGUAUCGGCUCCAAAUAUCGGCUCAAGAAAAUCGGCAGCCCGUAUCGGUCACCGGCUAAGGCUGACGAAAAAAACAAAUCGGUAUCGGCACUAAAAAAUCCAAAUCGGUCGAUCCCUACUAGUAAACCCAGAGCACGCUGUCGUCAGUCAUUGUUUUCAUCAGAGUGUUGAUAGUGGUCAAGAAGGAUCGUCGUUGUCAUUACUCGCUGAACGGAAGAAAAUACGAAGGCUAGUAAUGAGAAGAUACCGGCGUUGUCAGCUCUCGGGCUUCUUCUUAUGGAAGAAGCAAUGAUUCGCUAGUCGAGGGCUAGCGCUCCACCAAUCAGAUUGGUCAUUGAGACUGCCCACUGGCCGAUUCAACAAGUCAUAUCAGCCCAAAUGAACGCCGACGGCUCCUCCGACUGACGACGGCACGGAACGCACCGAACAGACACGAGUCACGACCUCGCCACACGGUCCGACGGCCGAUAAUCCGCGCGUCAGAGCCUUAAGGACGCUGGCUCAAGUGAUGUCACAUGAGUCAGCGUUGGUUGGGGCUGAAGACAAGUUUGAGGUGGGGGGGGUGUGGAGUUAGAAAGAAGUGAGCGUACCAGACCUCUGGACCCCGCUGCUCAUCUGUGUUUGAAGCCAGAGGCUGGCUACAUUAGCCGCUACUAGCAUACCACACCUACCUGAAUCUCUGACAGAACUGUCGCUAGUUACAUUGAAUUGUGGGUAAUGUACGAAGAAAAAACGUGACUAUCUUAGGUUCUGCUGCAUCAAUUUUGAUCCUUUCACCGUCCAUCAUGAGUCCAAAAAGUCAGUGGAGUACUCUUUUAAAGUGUUUUUUUCUUAUGUGAGUAGUACAUCUAAAAAGAAAUGAUAAAGAUUUGAUUAUUUUUAUAAUUUAACUUUAUUUAAUCUUGUAAUAUCAUGGAGAUUCAGAUCUAUUUUGCAUGGAAGAAUAUGGGAGUACAACUGGUAACAUGUACAGAGACAGACAUGCCAAUAAAGUAAUAAAUAGACAUGUACUCAACCUACGCAGAAUGUACAGGCAAGUAUGAUUGUCUCACCCCACUAAAAACAACAUGGACGGAUCUAUAAAAUGUCCCAGAACAAAUAACCUGAUAACGAGCCCAGAAUUGGAAAACAAGUCGAGUCUUUUCCCUCUGGUGACUGGGCACGUGUCAGUGCAAACACAGACAAGAAUCUAUAGGCUUUCUGACCUGUUUGUGUCGGGCAAAGUUCCACAAGCAGACUAACAGGAAGCGGUUUUCUCUGAGCUGUCACUCUGGCACAGUUACAGCAAAGAUCCUCUGAACCAAACCGUCUCCGGUUACAGCAUACCUGCUGUCAGCUCUGCAGCUCACUGGGACUGUCCGUGAGGCGGCAUGACUCAGCCGGCAUGGAAACUCACAGCUUGUAGACGAAAGCUCAUUGUCUUGUAAACCUGUGGGACAUCCGAUCAGAAUAAUAAAAACAACAACAUAAUGUCGUGAUGUUAAGUGAAACCUA